UUUAUAAAUAGAUUUAUUUUAAUUGAUAUUAAUUUAUAUAAAGAUUACAAAAUUGAUUGCAAUCUAUGUUUGCAUUGAUUUGGAUUUGAGUUGAAUUGUUUGCCACACAUUGAGCUCUUGAGAGCAAUCAAGUGAUCGAUUGAUCGGUUGGUUGUUUGGACACAAUGUCUGGAAGUGAUGGGAAGUGGUGUUGCAAUCGUUGCACUUACCAUAACUGGUCCAAAGCCAACAAGUGUGCCAUGUGUUCAGCCCUAAGACAAUCCAUUCAACUCAUCAUCAAUGAUGACAACACUCUUCAAAACGCUUACAAAAUGUCUUCGCUGAUGGACUCAAUGAGUGGUAAGAAUGAAGAGAAGUCGUUGACGAAGAAUGAGGCGAACAGGAAGUGGUGGUGCGAUGUCUGCACUUUUCUCAAUCACAACAAAUCUCACAAAUGUAUCCAAUGUUUGUCUCCACGAAAGACUCGCAAUACAAGCCCUAAACCGGAGAUAACGUGUGGUUCGCGACAAAUGGCAUCCAAUGAAGAGCUGUCGAACCAAUCGAAAGACAUUUCACUCGAUGGACAGCCAAUUGGUUUGGGAAACAGUAAUACUAUAUCUUCUGACAGCUAUUGUAAUGAUAAGAAUAAACAGAAUAAAUACGAGAGCAUUGGAGUUGAGAGUGGAUUCAAGUGGUCGUGCAGUGCCUGUACUUAUGAUAAUUGGAACGCUUCCAAGAAAUGUGUUCUUUGUUUGACUCUCAGAAAGGUUACCACCAAUUGUGGCGAAACACAUCAAACCAUCACUUCAUUGGAUCCAUUGCUCGAUACACACCAAGAGAAACGUAAAGACAGUCCUUCGCCUCCAAUGCCUGCAAUCGCCGCUAAAGAGUGUACUAAUGAUAACUAUAAUAAUAUAAUUAAUAAUCAGAUUAAUGAAAAUUUAAGUGAUAUCUCGUCGACAACUAAUGAAUACAUGGAUAAAAUGCGGGAACAGAGGUGUGAAGAACUCUAUGAUUUAGACCUCUUUAUAGGUGAGAGUUCACGUCCUGUGGCUAAACGAGUGCCGUCUGAUGUGAGCCGCUAUUUGGCCGCAGAGAUCAGGCGUUUGUUUGCGGGUGGACUCAAACAACGCAAAGGAGAGUUCGCCUGUUAUUUCGUUACUGAAUUCGUUACAUUUGCUUUGCCUCAAGAAAUUGAAGACUUGUCGCCACCCAUUCAACAGCGACUCUUUGAUGAGUACUUAGACAGAGACGUCCAAAAAGAACUGGAAGACGAAUCUCCUAUUAUUAACUGGAGUUUAGAGUUAACAGAAAGAUUGGGUUCGCGUUUAUACGCUCUUUGGAACCGUUCAACCGGUGAUUGUCUCUUGGAUUCUGUACUUCAGGCGACUUUUGGUAUAUUCGACAGAGAGAACAGUAUGAGGAAAGCUUUGGGGGACUCUCUAAACGAAGGCUCUUCUCUACUGUUCCCACGUUUCAAAGAAGCGGAAACACUUCAGGCGAAUCUCUUACACUUCACUCUCGAUGACGAUCAAUGGCGAGAAGACUGGGCUGUUAUUCUCUCACUGGCAUCACAACCGGGACAGAGUCUGGAACAGAUCCAUAUCUUUACGUUAGCGCAUAUUCUUCGGCGUCCAAUCAUUGUAUACGCGAUUCGAAUAGUGAAGAGUUUUAGAGGCGAUUCUUUGGGUUACGCCGGAUAUGAAGGCAUAUAUUUGCCUCUUCUCUGGGAAUCGAGUUUUUGUUGGAAAUCUCCGAUAGCUUUGGGUUAUACGAGAGGACACUUCUCAGCUCUGGUACCCAUAGAACCGCUGCCAUCAGACGAACAGAUCGGCGCCGGCGCUAACUUUAGAUCUAAUGACGACAACGAAGUGAUAUAUUUACCAUUAGUGACAUCAGAGCUGCAGGUACUGCCCCUUCACUUCUUGGGCCACAACGAGUUGGGCAGAGAAGAGGACAUCAUUAGGCAGUGGUUGGACUGUUGUGUCACAACCGGUGGUAUAUUAGCCGCCAAACAGAAGAUUCCAAGAAAACCCUUAUUAGUGGCUCAGAUGAUGGACGAGUGGCUCGAUUUCUAUAGAAACCUUCCGCAGCCCUCCAUCUCCGCCACUGAACGGAUGUCCAUUAAGACAAACGACUUCUCCAGUGAUGACUCCGAUCAAGAGAUCUGAUUGUGAUAUCCGUCCACACAAUCAAUGAGUACUUUUAGUGUAAAUUUUGAAAAUAUUAGAG